GGCGAGCAAUUCGCGUCGUGCGAGUUCACAAAGCAGGAGCGCAUCUUCAUCGCAAAGUCCUUAGACAAAUUGGGUGUGGACUACAUUGAAGUGGUCAAUCCCGCGGCGUCGCUUCAGGCCGUGCGCGACUGUGAGGCCAUUGCCAAUCUCAACCUGAAUGCAAAGGUUCUGACGCACACUCGAUGCCAUAUGCACGACAUCAAAAUAGCCGCCGAGACGGGGGUGGACGGCAUCAACUGUUACAUGGCCACGUCCAAGAUACUCAGCCAGCACUCACACGGCAAGGGCAUUGACGCGGUUAUUGAAGCCGCCCAGGAGGUCAUUGAGUACGUACAAGGGAAAGGGUUGGAGAUUCGCUUCUCGUGCGAAGACUCGUUCCGAUCAGACCGGAGGGAUAUCCUGCGGAUCUAUGAGGCCGUGGCUAAGAUGGGCGUGAAUCGCGUGGGAGUGGCUGACACGGUGGGAAUCGCCACGCCAUAUAUGGUAUACGACACCGUAUCCGCUGUGCGUUCUGUGAUUGGUCCAGACGUCGGUAUUGAGUUCCACACACACAACGAUACUGGCUGCGCCAUAGCCAAUUCACUGGUGGCACUGGACGCCGGGGCGACGCAUAUUGAUACGAGUGUAUUAGGUAUUGGCGAACGCAAUGGUAUUCCCCCACUGGGCGGGUUCUUGGCACGUAUGUACGCCAUUGACAAGCAAGCUAUCCUGGAACGGUAUGAUCUUAAUCUGGUGCAAUGGCUGGACAAGUAUGUGGCUGCGGCUGUGGGUGUUCCCAUUCCGUUUAACGAGCAGAUUACUGGCAGUGCCGCGUUCACGCACAAGGCGGGCGUGCACUCCAAGGCCGUUAUGACCAACCCCGAGGCGUAUGAG